AUGGCUGCACUCAAUACAUUAUCCUUUGUGACAGCGCCCAACAUUUCGCUGCUCACUUAUCUAGGUUUCUUCUUGUUACUGCUAUGUAUCGGAUGCAUCGCUGUGGCCACCUACAACUGCUUCUUCCAUUCACUUGCUAGCCUGCCUGGACCCAAACUCUACGCAAUAACCGACCUAUUCUAUCUGCGAAAGCUUAUAGCCGGCAAGUGGCCAUUUGCUCUAGCUGAACUCCACGAAAAGUAUGGACCUAUUGUACGCUACGCUCCAAAUGACGUCUCUUUCAUUGGCGCGGGAGCAUGGAAGGACAUCUAUGGCUAUCGGACAUCGUCGCGCGAGGCAAUGUCGAAGGAUUUGCGACAGUACAGGCCCACAAUGACCGACAGUAGUAAUAUCCUGAUCGCCGACGAUGCCGACCAUAGUCGAAUGCGGCGCUUGUUGUCGCACGCGUUCUCAGAAAAAGCGCUUCGAGCGCAAGAAAAGUUGAUAGAGAGCUACGUGAACAAGUUGAUCGAUGCGAUGCGAAAGCAAAGUCAGCAGACAGACAACAGCAUAGACAUGGUGAAGUGGUUCAACUUCAUGACAUUCGACAUCCUGGGCGACUUGUCCUUCGGCCAAACAUUUGGCUGCCUGGACAGCGGUGGCUACCAUCCUUGGGUAGCGUCGAUCUUCGACGGUUUCAAGCUGUCCACACUCAUGCAGUCUCUCAAGCGACAUCCCAGCCUCUUCCCAAUCAUGCAGUGGUUUCUUCCAAAGAAGCUUAUACGAAAUCAGCUGCAACAUCAACAGCUAAGCUUUGAGACGGCGAAGCAGCGCGUCCAGCAAGGCCCAACGGAUCACCCUGACUUUAUGUCCCACAUCUUGCGACACACAGACGGCAAGGGAUUGACGCUAGACGAGAUUGGGGAGAACGCUAACAUCCUAAUCGUAGCCGGCAGCGAGACCACAGCUACUUUGCUGAGCGGCGUGACUUUCUGGCUCUUGAAGAAUCCAGAGAAGUAUCACAAGCUUCUCGCAGAGAUUCGUGGUUCUUUCGCACGCGAGGAGGAGAUCACCCUCGAAGCGGUCUCACGACUGCCUUACCUUCUGGCAUCACUCAAAGAGGCGCUGCGAAUGUAUCCGCCCAUUCCAUCUGGUCUAGGGCGUAUCGUACCAGACAGUGGAGCAUUUAUAGAUGGGUCUUGGGUUGCUGGAAAGGCGGUCGUUUCGAUUCCCCACUACGCAGCAUAUCACUCGCCUCACAACUUUGCGGAUUCAUCGGAAUAUAUUCCGGAGAGAUGGAUGAACGAUGCCUUGUAUACGCAAGAUGCAAGAGACGUAGUCGAGCCGUUCUCAUACGGACCUCGCAACUGUUUGGGCAUGAAUCUGGCAAACGCUGAAAUGCGCAUGACGCUUGCGAGGAUCUUAUGGAACUUUGACUUGGAGCUGCAUCCAGAAAGCCUGCAUUGGGGUACCUCGCAGCAGAUAUACGUUUUCUGGGAGAAACCUCCUCUCAAGAUCAUUGUGCAAGCCCGCAAGACCGAAUGA